UGCUCGUGCUCGUGCUCGUGAGUUGAUGAGUCCCUCAGCACGCGCUCGGUCAGUCUGCCGCAGUGUCGAGAGGAAAUGUGAUAAACGACGGUAAAGCUGCGCGGUUAAACGACAUCGAUGGACGAACGCGACUCGACGGGACACACCGAAGGGGUGUCAUCAUCAGCCUCCAGCUGCAGACAGGAGGAUCGUGGGACGUGACUGACGGAUUGAGCCUAUGGCAGAGCGACACAGGUCCCUUUGUGUGAAUCUACCAUGGACCCUGUGUUCUGUCUGAUCCUGGUCCUGGGAAUGGCUGUAAGGAUGGCCCAUGCGUGCCCCAAGUACUGUGUGUGCCAGAACCUCUCGGAGUCACUGGGGACCCUGUGCCCAGCCAAAGGCCUGCUCUCCGUGCCACAUGAUAUAGAUCGCAGCACUGUGGAGCUCCGGUUGGGGGGAAACUACAUCCUUCGAAUCACAAAACAGGACUUUGCCAACAUGACAGACUUGGUGGACCUUACACUCUCCCGCAACACGAUAAGCUACAUACAGCCCUUUUCCUUCAGGGACCUGGAGACACUCCGUUCUCUCCAUAUGGAUAACAACCGUUUAGUGGAGUUGGGCCCUAACGACCUGCGAGGGCUGGUCAACCUGCAGCAUCUCAUUCUCAAUAACAACCAACUGGGUCGUAUCUCCGAGAAGGCGUUUGAAGACCUUGCCGCUUUGCUUGAGGAUUUGGACUUGUCCUACAACAACCUUCAGGCUCUGCCCUGGCAUUCAGUCCGGCAGAUGAUCAACCUGCACCAGCUGAGUCUGGACCACAAUUUGUUGGAUUACAUUCCCGAGGGGACCUUUGUGGAUCUGGAGAGGCUGGCCCGCUUGGACCUGACCUCCAAUCGGCUCCUGAAGCUUCCGCCGGAUCCUAUCUUUGCCAGGGCACAGGAUUCUGAGGUGAGGACCACGCCGUUCGCCCCUCAGCUCUCACUCAGCAUAGGUGGAAACCCACUUCACUGCAACUGCGAAUUGCUUUGGUUCCGGCGUCUGGAGCGAGACGAUGAUCUGGAGACUUGUGCCUCACCUCCUGGCCUAAAGGGCCGCUACUUCUGGAAUGUUCGGGAGGACGAGUUUCUGUGUGAGCAGCCUCUGAUUACUCAGCACACCCACCGCAUGCUGGUUCUGGAGGGGCAGACCGCCAGUCUACGGUGUGAAGCCAUCGGAGAUCCCACCCCAACCAUACACUGGGUGACCCCUGAUAAUCAACUGCUCGGGAACUCCUCUCGCACUGUGGUGUACCGCAACGGGACCCUGGAGAUCCUGAUCACCACUUCAAAGGACUACGGGACAUUCACUUGCAUUGCAGCCAACCUUGCUGGCGAAUCAACUGCUUCAGUGGAGCUGUCAAUUAUUCAGCUACCCCACAUAAGCAAUGGCACAAGCCAGGCAUCGCAUCCCAAGUCCCGACUGUCAGACAUUACCGGUAGCUCCAGGACCAGUAAAAGUGCUCCCAAGAACCAGCCAGAUAAAGCAGUGUCUGUGUCUGAAGUGACUGCUGUGUCUGCCCUGGUCAGUUGGUCCGUCAGCAAGACCGCUCCCAAAGUGAAAUUGUACCAACUACAGUACAACUGCUCAGAUGAUGAAGUCCUAAUCUACAGGAUGAUUCCUCCCUCCAGUAAAGCCUUCCAUGUCACCAACCUGGUAUCUGGGACUCUGUAUGACCUGUGUGUGCUGGCCGUCUGGGACGACUCGGCCACCACACUCACUGCCACUAAUGUGAUUGGCUGUGUGCAGUUCUACACCAGGGACCUGUACCCACUGUGCCAGUCUCUGCACGGGCAGCUGUUGGGCGGCACCAUGAUCCUGGUGGUGGGUGGCGUGAUCGUGGCCACGCUGCUGAUGUUUAUCGUCCUCCUGAUGGUGCGCUACAAGGCGGGUGACGGUGGAGGGGGCGGAGAAACCCCUGUCAGCAAGCUGAGCAAUGUCAGUGAGACAUACUCUCAGACCAAUGGAGGGAGGCCGGGGCAGAACGGAGUGCCUCUGCUGGCACCCAAGCCCAAAGCCAGCAUGCAGGAUGAAGUGGUCGAAUUCAAGUGUGGUUCGCUACAGAGCAGCAUGUCCUCUUCCUCCUCCUCUUCCUCCUCAGGUUCAGCAGAUCCCACGUCCUACAGCCCCAACAGUGCCCUCGCCAACAUUUGGAGGUCCGCACCUCCUAAGCCACGCACUAACCUAGACCAGCUUCUAGGGGCCUUCACAUCACUGGAGCUUCGGGGCCAAACCAAGGAGCCGUGUGCGUCUGUAAGCUCGGCGAGCACGGCUGCUGCUUCGGCCCCAGCGGGCCCUACUGACAAGGAGCCUCUGUUGGGCCGGAUGCUGGACUCACGGCUUAGCAAGCUGCUCAUGUUGCCUCUGGACUCCAAACCCAAGAGGAGCCACUCGUUUGACAUGGGUGACUUCACGGUGUCCACGGCACAGCAGCUGUGUUCAUACCCGCGCAGGAUCAGCAGCAUCUGGACUAAACGCAGCCUGUCGGUGAACGGCAUGCUGCUGCAGUGUGACGAGGAAGGGGACAGCUGCGGGAGCAAAGGCACCACUGAGAGCUCCGAGUGGGUUAAAGAGAGUACUGUAUAGGGCCGAAACGUACAGAAAAAGAGACAAUAUAACUCUUCCUGCAUGACUCUGAAUAUGUAUUUUUAUUUUUUUUAUUGUCGUUAUUCACCUUGCCAUAUCCAGAACAGAUGCAGCAUUCAGGGGGUGAAUUCAUGAAAUGG